AUGACCGCCAACAUCUACUAUCCCGUUCUUGAGCCCAUUGCUCGAGACCUUGACGUCACCAUCGCGCUGAUCAACCUGACGGUGACCUCCUACAUGAUACUCCAGGCCAUCUCCCCUACCAUUUUUGGUGAUUUCGGUGACAUGGCCGGUCGCCGCCCGGCGUACCUCAUUGCCUUCGCCAUCUACCUCUGUGCCAACAUUGGUCUCGCCUUGCAGCGCAACUAUGUCGCCCUACUGGUCCUCCGCAUGGUGCAGUCUGGCGGCAGCAGCGGCGCCAUCGCCCUCGGCUUCGCCAUGGUCGCCGAUAUCACCACCUCUUCCGAGCGCGGCAAGUACAUGGGCCUCGUCGGUGCCGGCAUCAACAUCGGCCCUACCCUCGGCCCCAUCCUCGGCGGCGUCCUGACGGAGUUCCUCGGCUGGUCCGCCAUCUUCUGGUUCUGCGCCAUCCUCUCCGUUGUCUGGCUUGUCCCCUUUGCCCUCGCCGUUCCCGAGACAUGCCGCAACGUCGUCGGCAACGGGUCCAUCACGCCACGGGGCUGGAACAAGACCCUUCUCGACACGCUACGCACGCGCGGCACGCCCCGCCAGCCGACGGACCCGCCCCGGCCCCGGCUCCGGUUCCCCAACCCCCUGCGCGCCGUGCGCAUCAUCUUCGACCGCGAGAUGGCGCUCAUCCUCUUCUACAACAGCAUCCUCUACGUCGCCUUCAUCGACGUCUCGGCCACCCUCGGCACCCUCUUCAAGCUCAUCUACGGCUUCUCCGACCUCGAGCUCGGCCUCUGCUACCUCCCCUACGGCGCCGGCUGCUGCAUCGCCUCGGUCGCCCAGGGCUACAUCCUCGACUGGAACUACCGCCGCACCGCCCGCCGCGUCGGCUUCGCCAUCGACCGCAAGCGCGGCGACGACCUGACCCACUUCCCCAUCGAGCGCGCCCGCCUGCAGCCCGUGUUCCCGACGCUGGCCUGCGGCCUCGUCGUCCUCGCCGUCUACGGCUGGGUCCUCCACCUCGAGACGAGCGUCGCCGUGCCGCUGGUGCUGCAGUUCCUCAUCGGCCUGACCAUCACGGGGUCCUUUGGCGUCAUGAACACGCUGAUCGUCGAUCUGAAUCCCAAGGCGCCGGCGACGGCCACGGCGGCGAACAACCUUGUGCGCUGUCUGAUGGGCGCGGCGGGGACGGCGUCGAUCGAGUACAUGAUCAUGGGGAUGGGGAGGGGUUGGUCCUUUACGUUUCUGGCCCUGUUGUGUGCCGUGUUGUCGCCGGCCUUGUGGGUCAUUGUGCGGUACGGGCCCGAGUGGAGGAGGGAAAAGGAGGCUCGAGCGACUGCACCAAAAUAG